CGCCCGAGCCCGUUCUCUGUCAAAACUGUUAGAACACCUCAUCUCGUUCACAAUCUCGAAAUAAAAGCAAGAAGCAAACAGACAUGGUCCACCCAGUGAUGGAAGCAGCGCGUCGAAAACUUGUCCGCAAACUGGUCCACCGGACAAUGGUGAAGGACAAGAAGAAGUCGAAGUCGAAGUCGAAGUCACGGUCGCGUCCGAGUCAAAGCACCAACCAUGUGAUGGCAUUCGUGGAUCCGCAAGCGAAGAAAAGAGCAUGGCAAGAGAUGAUAAGGCAGUAUUCCAAUGGCCUCAUCAAGGCCCGUCAUCCGAGAGUCUUGACAUUGGAGUUACAGCGAAAAGAGAAGGUCCACAAACCCCGCGGGACUCCGGCUAGGAUCAGUAACCAUUCGCAAGGCGAAUUUCUCAGACGAAGCACCCGACAACCUCAUCCAAGAAAUCCUCCUCUUGAUCCUACCCGCGACCAGCUCAUUGCAGUCCCUCGCAGUGAGAUGUCCGAUGAAGACGACGAUGAUGGGUUUUUAAUCGAACGUGAUCUUUCUUGAUUGAUCAUCGUCCCUUCGAAUGUAUUUCCUCCCUUAAAGAAUCGAU